CCAUAUUAUGUCAUGUCACCAUUGGUCCUUACCCCUACAUCUCAGUAAGUAAGCAUUGGUUGUUAAUCAUUCAUCUUUCUCACCUACAGAAAUAAAUUCAAAGUGUUCAGAUUAAGCAGCAACCAUAUGAAGUGUGUAUAGUAUAGUUCAGUUGCAGCACAAGAAAAUCAAAAGCAAAGAUGGGUUUUGUACAACUUUUGGAAGUGGCUUCUAUGCCAGUUAUUCAAGUCUUACUUGUUAGUGCAUUGGGGGCUUUUAUGGCUACUCAGUAUUUCAACAAUCUUCUUUCACCAGAUUUUAGGAAAUCCUUGAACAAGGUUGCAUUCUUUAUAUUCACUCCUUCACUUAUAUUUUCAAGUUUUGCUAAAAGUGUUUCACUUCAAGAUAUGAUAUCAUGGUGGUUUAUGCCUGUUAAUGUUGGACUCACCUUCUUAAUUGGAGGGAUUUUAGGAUGGUUAUUAGUAAAAUUACUAAGACCUAACUUGAAAGUAGAAGGUCUUAUUAUUGCUGCUUGUUCAUCAGGAAACAUGGGAGGCUUGCCAGUUGUAAUUAUCCCAGCAAUAUGUAAUGAGAAAGGAGGUCCAUUUGGUGCACGCGAUGUAUGCCACAGCAAUGCACUCUCAUAUGCAUCUUUCUCUAUGGCACUUGGUGGUAUUUUCUUAUGGACCUAUACUUAUCAAACUAUAAGAAGCAUCUCAUUGAGAUUUAAGGCACUUGAGGCUGCUGAGACCAUAAAGACACCAAACAAAGAUCUUGAAGGAAAUGUAGAUACUCCCCUUCUAAAGGGAAAAGACGAUGAAAACACCGUGAUAGAAGUGGCACCGUUGAGUUAUAUUGAAGACUCUGAAAGCCAAAUCGUUAAUGAACAAGAUCAGUCUCAUGAAUCGAAUAAGGAGAAACAAUCAUUUUUUAAAAGAAUGAUAGAUGUUCUAACUCAUCUUCUAGCGGAAUUAAUAUCACCACCAGCAAUUUCUGUAUUUUUCGGUUUCCUCUUUGGUGCGGUUGCAUGGUUAAGGAACUUGAUAAUUGGAGACAAUGCUCCAUUUAGAGUAAUCCAAAGCACUCUUGAAUUACUUGGAAAUGGAACAAUUCCUUGCAUCACACUUUUGCUUGGUGGUAACCUCACUGCAGGCUUGAAAUCAUCAAGUGUAAAACCAUUGACUCUCAUCUGCAUCAUCAUAACUCGGCUUUUCGUACUGCCUGUUAUUGGAUUAUUUAUUGUGAAAGCUGCGGCUAAUUACGGCUUUCUCCCAGUGGAUCCUUUGUUUCAAUAUACAUUGGUGAUGCAGUAUGCAAUGCCACCAGCAAUGAGUAUUAGUACAAUGGCUCAGGUGUUUGAUGUAGGAAAUGAAGAAUGUUCAGUUAUUCUGUUGUGGGCAUAUAGUGCUGCAGCCAUUGCUCUCACCGCUUGGUCAACAUUCCUCUUGUGGCUAUUAUCUUAUUGAGUUACAUUAUACUUUUUAAUGAAAACAGAAAAUAUUUGCUACAAGAGUGUACGUCUUUUAAGGUGCUGUGGAUAAUGGUUGUGUGACUACUGUCUACUGAAAACAAUAUCUAAUGAAAAACAUUCCUCUUGGCAUUGUUGGAUCUCAUAUAAAUCAACUAAUGCCAGAAAACAAUGUUAAGAGUCAGGCAUAAUUGGUUUUCAUGUCCCUCCAAAAAUGAUGACAUUCAGAACAUGUAUCUAGCUAGACAUAUCCUAUUUCCUUCUAUAGGAAAAAAGUGCAUUAUCUAUUGAAAAAUGUAAAGUGUGUUUUUCAUGUAGUAGUCCAUUAGUCUUGCACUGGAAACAAAAUUUUACUCCUAUUAUUUUCAUUUUGAUUUCUUGUAA